AUGGGAGAGCCAGCACAAAAGUUCAAGGUUGCCGACAUCAACCUCGCGGCAUUCGGCCGUCGUGAGAUUGAGCUCGCUGAAAAUGAGAUGCCCGGUCUUGUAGCCACGAGACUGAAGUACAAGGAUGAUCAGCCUCUUGCUGGAGCCAGGAUUGCUGGUUGCUUGCACAUGACCAUCCAGACUGCCGUCCUCAUCGAGACCCUCAAGGCCCUCGGCGCUGAGGUAACAUGGACAUCUUGCAACAUCUUCUCCACACAAGACCACGCCGCCGCAGCCAUCGCUGCUGGUGGCACUCCAGUCUUCGCGUGGAAGGGUGAGACAGAGGAGGAGUACAAUUGGUGCUUGGAGCAGCAGCUAAAGGCCUUCCCAUCGGGCAAGGACCUCAACUUGAUCCUCGACGACGGUGGUGACCUAACCUCGCUCGUCCACAAAAAGUUCCCUGAUAUGUUGAAGGGCUGCUACGGUCUCAGCGAGGAGACGACUACUGGUGUGCACCACCUCUACCGCAUGCUCAAGAACAAGGAGCACGGCCUUCUCGUCCCUGCUAUCAACGUCAACGACGCCGUGACCAAGAGCAAGUUCGACAACCUCUACGGCUGCCGAGAAUCGCUUGUUGAUGGCAUCAAGCGUGCUACCGAUGUCAUGAUUGCUGGCAAGAUCGCCAUUGUCGCUGGUUUCGGUGACGUCGGCAAGGGCUGCGCUGAGGCUCUUCACUCCAUGGGUGCCCAGGUCAUCAUUACAGAGAUUGAUCCUAUCAACGCCCUCCAGGCUGCCAUGGCCGGUUACCAGGUCGAUACUAUGGAGGCUGUUGCCUCUAAGGGUCAGAUCUUUGUCACCACCACCGGCUGCAGGGAUAUCAUCGUCGGCAAGCACUUCGAGGCUAUGCGUGAGGAUGCUAUCGUCUGCAACAUCGGCCACUUCGAUAUUGAGAUCGAUGUUGCAUGGCUCAAGAAGGCGGCCAAGGAGAAAGUCAGCAUCAAGCCGCAAGUCGACCGCUUCACCAUGCCAAGCGGCCGCCACAUUAUUCUGCUCGCUGAAGGCCGUCUCGUGAAUUUGGGCUGCGCUACUGGUCACUCUUCCUUCGUCAUGUCCUGCUCCUUCACCAACCAGGUUUUGGCCCAGAUCAUGCUGUACAAGGCUGGUGACAAGGAGUUCGCUCGCAAGUACAUCGAGUUUGCCCGUGCUGUCGAGGGUGAGGAGCAGACUGGUGAGCCCAAGAAGAUCAUCGAUGAGGCUCCUCAGGACUCUUCGAUCAAGCGUAUGGCAGUUGGUGUCUACGUGCUUCCCAAGAUCCUGGACGAGCAGGUCGCCCUUCUGCACUUGGACCACGUCAACGCCAAGUUGACUAAGAUGACACCUGAGCAGGCCGACUAUAUGAGCUUGCCAGUCGAGGGUCCUUUCAAGACCGACAUGUACCGAUACUAG